CUGUUGCUUUAUUGCUGUUGUUAGAGUCGAACGGCCCCAGUGGUUAACAAAGCAUCUUCUUUGUUGAACUGGAUUCCUCUGAGCUAAUCCUGUCCUGUGACAUAGUCCCAGUCUCUUGUCAAGGAAGAAUUUAGGCCUUCUAGUGUGGAGCAGCUCGUAAACAUGUCCGGGUUCCUGGAUAGCAUCAGAUGUGGUGACUGCGAGUGUAAUGUGGAUUGGGCAGAGAAACGGAAUACCAUCGCGUCGGUAGCCGCUGGAGUACUGUUUUUCACUGGGUGGUGGAUCAUCAUAGAUGCCGCCAUCAUGUUCAAAGAACCGGAUUCCUUCAACCACGCCUACCACGCGUGUGGAGUCAUUGCGACGGUGGCCUUUCUCAUGAUAAACGCGGUGUCUAACGGGCAGGUGAGGGGGGACAGCUACAGUGAAGGCUGCCUGGGGCAGACAGGUGCGCGGGUGUGGCUCUUCAUCGGCUUCAUGCUGGCCUUCGGCUCCCUCAUCGCCUCCAUGUGGAUCCUGUUCGGCGGCUUCGUCGUGAACCACAAGCCAUCUGUUUACCCUGGAAUUGCAGUUUUCUUCCAAAACGCCUUCAUUUUCUUUGGGGGCCUGGUGUUUAAAUUCGGCCGCACCGAAGACCUGUGGCAGUGAUUUCUUCCCGUCCGUCCGUCCGUCCGUCCUUCUGACCCUCCAUGUCAUUACUCCCUCCCUCCUGUGUUUUUUUUGUUUGUUUGUUUGUUUGUUUGUUUGUUUGUUUUGUUUAUUUACUCCCGAAGCCCGUCCCCUCCCCCUCCCAGGAGGCCGCGGUCUACUUUGUUAUUCUGCGGACAUGGCCCUUUAAGAGGAUGCUGGGAGGCUCCGCCCACUUCCUUAUUUUUUUUAAAAAAAUUUUUUGCACGGACCGCUUAACCUUUUAUAACUCACAUAGGACCGUCACUACACCGAGUCGCUGCCCCUCGCACUGACGGGGCGAAACAAGCAUCGAAACACACGCCCGGAUUCGGUGAGGUCAGUCACUUGGGAGGCCAUUCGGUCCAAACACUAAACCCCUCCUGGCGCGCGCUAAAGCGAUCCGCGGGUGAAGCAGGUGUGCAGUAAGCGAUGUCGCAGACACCAGGAAUGCGGUGCAGAAUCAGGACGCGCCUGAUCCCCGUGCUGGGAACGCUAGGUGGACCCUCGUUAUAACCUGUUAUGAAUUCCUCCUUUUUCUCUCGCUGGUUGCCAUAAGCUAUUCUCCGCAUCUGUGACAUUUUUUGUGACUAAAGUGCUGUUUAGUCUUUUCCCUCUGUUUUCGGCAUUCGGUGGUCGGGCAAUUUAAACACGGAGCGUUAGAGUGCCUGGACUCCUGAUCCUCUGCAUAUUCCGGACCGUUCUUUAACUUCCCACAAGAGACAUGUAGUGAGAUGGGCCAUCUAUCAGUAUGUACUUUUUCACCAGAGUCGUCCUCAUUACUCAUUAUUAUUAUUAUUAUACAAUAAUAAUUGCGGCAGGAAGUUGAUGUCACUGAUGACAUCACUUCCUGUACUGCCCUCGAUUUGUGCUUCAUCCCGUGCGUUCGCUCCUUUCCGAAGAAUAACAAAGCAAAUCGAAGGAACCCCUCCUCGGUCUGUAGCCUCCCUGGCCUCGUGCCUCUUUCCUUUAGCUGUUCUUUAUAACCGUAAAGUGAGAGCUUUAUUUAUGGACCUGGGCUUGGGUCUCAGAGGUGUACCUUUACCUUAAAGCACUAUUUGUUUCUGUCCUCACGUGGGAUAAAUACUUUUAUUUAACUCGGUUUGUUUUCGUGCGGAGAGGAGAAGGGAGUCGAGUCUUCGGGUCGACAGACAGUUGUGCGUCUGGUGUGGUGCAGCCGUGGAGGUCUUAUGAAACUGUGCAGAACCAUCAUCGGAUCCCACCUGCGCUCUGCUUUUCUCUGUGCACUGCGAAUGGUAUGGGUUUUUAAGUUUAGAUUGAAGGUCUCUGUUAAGUUCUGGGGUUUGGAAACAUUACACGUUAUUUCAUAAGGUAGACGUAUUAGAACAAAGUCUGGAAGCUGUUAAUGGGAGAAUUUGGCUUAUAGGUCAGUGUAUAGUGAAUGAUUGCUAUGCGUGUUUCUAACUUUUUUGGGGGAUUUAUCCCAUUAAUGACCAUUUAUUAAAAUAUGUUGCACAUUUAACAGACUUACUACUUUUACAUUUAAUGAACGGAAUGUAAACUUUUAUAUGGUUUGUGUAUUUUUUUCUCCUGAAAUAACUUGUCAAUAUACUGGAUCUGUAGAAUGUAAAAAUAUACCUGCAAAAACAACUGAUAAUUAAAAAAAGGCUUUGGUCAUCA